AUGGCACAAUUAUCUCGCAUCCCGGUGGCUCUUCUCCUCGUCCUAGUCGCCGGGGAGGCAGCCGCCACGCCGUACGCCCGCGGCAGGGACGCCCAGCUGGCCAGCAGCUACAGCCGCGUCUUCAGCUUCGGCGACUCGCUUACCGACACGGGGAACGCGGCCAUCCUCCCGGCCACCGCCGGGGGGCCCUCCUCCCACGCGCCGUACGGGGAGACCUACUUCCACCACCCCAGCGGCCGGGCGUCCGACGGCCGGCUCAUCAUCGACUUCAUCGUGGAGUCGCUGGGGUUGCCGGAACCAGCUCCCUACCUCGCCGGCGAGACCGCGGAUGACUUCCGGCAUGGCGCGAACUUCGCGGUGGGCGGCGCGACGGCGCUCGACCCGGCGUUCUUGAAGAGCAGAGGGAUAGCGACGUUUGUGCCGGUGUCUCUUAGCAACGAGACGAGCUGGUUCAACAAUGUCUUGGAGCUUCUUGCCUCCACGGCGUACGAAGAAGAGAGCGAUAUCAUGGCGACCUCCGUCUUCUACUUCGGAGAGAUCGGAGUAAACGACUACAUCUUCGCGCUAUUCAGCAACCGCACAGCCGAAUUCGCGGCGAGCUUUGUGCCGGACAUCGUCGCCGUCACCCGUUCGGCGCUGAACGCCGUGGUCGCCGCCGGUGCAAGGACGGUGCUGGUGACGGGGAUGAUCCCGCUGGGGUGCGAGCCGGAGCUGCUCGCCCUCUUCCCCGGCGACGCGCACGGGGAGUCCGGCUGCAUCACGGGGUUCAACGAGAUCGCCCAGCUGCACAACCGCGCGCUCAACUGCAUGCUCCGCGAGCUCCGGCGGAGCCACCCCGGCACGACCCUCUUCUACGCGGACAUCUACAGCCCCAUCGCCAACCUCGUCGCGUCGCCCGGCAAAUACGGUUUCGGCGACAGGCCGUUGGCCGCGUUCUGCGGCGGCGGCGCUGGCCCGUACCACUUCGACAUGGCGGCGUUCUGCGGCACUUCGGACUCGACGGCGAGCUCCGACCCGUCCGAGUUCCUCUCGUGGGACGGCAUCCACUUCACCGACGCUGCCAACAGGUUCAUCGCCCAGGCGCUGCUCAGAGGAUUGUAUAACGCGUCGGCGAUGGCAGAGCCACAAACUGCACUGUUCUGA